GCCAAUCCCGAUUUUAACGAGGGCUAAGACACCAAAGCAAAAGAGAAACUCCUAAAGCAACACAUGGCAUUACAUGCAACCGAUCACAUAGGAUAGUAAUCCACAAGAAAAAAUCACCCAAAAUUGUCGUCUUCUUUUUAUAAUAUAAUACUCCUACUAAACCAAACACUGCGUAUGCAAUCCCUAUCCUAAUUCACCAUGAUAACACCUCCACCUUUCCUUCUCUAGCUCUUAUUACCUAUUUCACAUUACUUUCCUCUUUCAUCCUCCUCAUUCUUCUCAACCUUCUCACAACUAUUAUUAUCACCCCACAUUCAGAGUAUUACUCUCCAAAUUCAGUUAAAGCAUAGAUUUGGUGAAUAAAUUGUUCAAUUUUGUUGCUGAUUGUGUAUUUAUUUUUCUUGAAGUUUGGUUGCAUAGUUAUUACUACCAUGUUUAACACACCUUUAGUUCUGUCAUUUGCACUUGUAUUGUCUUCUCCACUGAUUUUCCUCUAUGGCCCAAAGAUCUUCGUGCAUAAUAGACAUCCAGAAAUUGAUGUUGAUGACAUUGCUCUAUUACAUCGUGCUGCAACUCUGGAUUACGCACACAAACGUCACAACUGGGGUGGUAUUAGCGUUGUUUCCCGCCUUGGUACCACUAAUCAACGCAAGAAAAUUGCGUUUCUGUUCCUUACGAAUACCGAUCUCCAUUUCGCCCCUCUCUGGGAGCGGUUCUUCUCCGGUCAUGGAGAUUUGUUCAACAUUUACAUCCAUGCAGAUCCGACAGCAGAUGUUGCCUCUCCUGGGGGAGUUUUCGAUGGCCGUUUUAUUCCGGCUAAGAAAACUGAACGUGCUUCUCCUUCACUCAUCUCCGCCGCUCGUCGCCUUCUUGCCACGGCGAUUAUCGACGAUCCUUUGAAUUCGUACUUCGCAGUCGUUUCGCAAAACUGUAUACCUUUGCACUCUUUCAACUUUGUGUACAAAUCGCUCUUCUCAUCCAAGUACAAGAGCUUCAUUGAAAUUCUCUCCGACGAGCCGCAGUUAUGGGAUCGGUAUAUUGCUAGAGGGGAAUCGGUUAUGUUACCGGAAGUACCUUUUGAUUCGUUCCGGGUCGGGUCACAGUUCUUUGUACUGACCCGGAACCAUGCCCGGUUAGUUAUCCGGGAUAGGAAGUUAUGGCGGAAGUUUAAAUUGCCUUGUUUGAAUGAGGACUCGUGUUACCCGGAAGAGCAUUAUUUUCCAACCCUAUUAUCCCUGGAGGAUCCGAAUGGGUGUACACAUUAUACACUCACUCGGGUCAACUGGACGGGUAGUGUGGACGGGCACCCGCACACUUAUUACCCGUCUGAAAUUUCUCCGGAGCUCAUUCACGAGCUCCGGGAAUCAAAUAACACGUAUUCACAUAUGUUUGCGAGGAAAUUUUCGCCGGAUUGUUUGAAACCGUUGAUGGACAUAGCGGAUAAGAUCAUUUUCCGGGAUUAAAAUCGGGUCGGGUGGGGUUCGAAUCUUUUGUAUUUGAAGCAUGUAGAGACAGAGUUGCAAGCCAAAAGCUCUUUUGUUGGAAUAAACAAAUAAACAUGUUGGGUGUUUUGAUGGUCCUAUGUACAGAAAAGCGGGACAUGAUAGGUGUGAAAUAAUUGUCAAAACCAAAAAAAGAGAAAAAAAAAAAAGGGGGUGUGGGCUUAGAGUGGAGUUUGUUUUCAAGAAGGGAAUUUGGUGGAAAAUAUAAAGAGCAAAAAGUAGCAAAUGGCUCAUUGCUCUUUUUUCCUCUUUCCCCCUUCUUUUGUUUGAAGGGAAGCUUUAGAAGUACCUGGUAUAGUUGUUGCCACGUGAUGAGGGGAUCACGGGUUACGAGAGCUUUAGUUCGUCAAGCUGGCGAUAGAAGAAUAGUCUCCCAUUUGCUCCCCUUCUUCUGUUGAUUUCUUUGUUUUUAUAGCUUUCGUCGUGUUAAUGUGGUGUUACACUUGUUUUUGCUUCGAUUCACGCUUCAAGGGUGUGUUUGGUAUAUUUUCAUACUUAUCCUGAUCCAGAGAAGAGCAACACUAUGGAAGAGUUCUCGUUUUUCA